GGCGCGCAGGAGAGGAAGAACCCGAGCAGCGGCAGCAGCAGCAGCAGCGCGCAGGGUUUACGCGCAGAGGAGACGUAAAGCUGCGACACGACCAAGAGGAUGCAGUGGAUUUAAAACCUUCAAAUCCCAGCUAAUUUACAGCCGGGCGACAGGGGAGAUAUCAUAAAGAAAAAUACCAAGGAGGACGAUAUGAGUGUGGUGAAGGCCGGACUCACGGACGGUGGAUCCCCGAGGCAGUGCGCUCAGCCUCCGAGCCGGAUCAAAGAUGCGCGGAUCCAGCAGCAGCAGCAGCAGCAGCUCCAGAGGCACCAUGGAGCCUCCAUGCUCAAACAGCCCUCCCUCAACGAACCGGGGGACGUGGUGAGGCGGGCUCUGGACUUCAAGAGCCAGGGAACCCAGUGCUACAAGGAUAAGAAGUACCGGGAGGCGAUCGGGAAGUACCACCGCGCUCUGCUGGAGAUCAAGGGGCUGUGCAGGGUGCUUGGAGACCCGGAGAUCAAGACCCUUUCCCCGCUGCUGCCCACCCUCAGCAAGCCCAGCUCCCUGACGGAGGAGCAGAAGGGGGCCAUGGAGAACGCGGAGCUGGAGUGCUACAACAGCCUGGCCG